AUGAGCUUUGGAUCGAUGAUUUCAUGUUGUGGCAACUGCGGCGAAUGGACAGGUUCCAUUGCCUUCCUUCAUGAGAUGCACCUGGCUCUUGGGCUGACACUUCCCGCAUGCACUUCUGCGGUUAUAGCUUGUGUCAAAGGAAGAGAGGGAGGCAGUGCAUUGAGGCUGCUGGACCAAAUGGUGGUGAGCCAACUCCUACCCACCUUGGUCACGUACGGUGGUGCGCUGGCGGCUGCCAGAGACGAUUGGGCCACGGCAUUGUCACUGUUUCAGCACUUGCCGCAUGGCAGCACUGUUGCGUUGCACUGCGGUGGUUUCAGCAAUUCAGCACUUUCUGAUCUAGAGGAAUUCAGUGAUUCUGAUUUCAUCAGUCGGGAACCGCCUGCCAAAAAGCUGAAGAUGGCAUCUGAAGCUUUGACAAGGCUUGACCUGAGAGGCAGUGGCUCUCCAGGAAAUUCUGAGUCAUAUGAAGUGGACAUCACCGCGCCCAACGCGGCCAUCUCCGCGGAAUGGGCCGAUGUCAUCGACCAGGUGAAGAACGCCAUCGUGGCCAUCCGAGUGACGGCAGUGCGCUCCUUCGAAGACUGCGCUGCAGGCGUUUGGGAUGGAACGGGUUUUGUGGUGAGCCUGGACAAUCCAAAGGAAGCACUUAUCCUUACCAACCGACACAUCAUCACGACCGGGCCCAUUCGGGCAAGGGCGACCUUCUAUGAACAUGAUGAUUUGCCGAUUUGGCCAGUCUACCGCGACCCGGUGCACGACUUCGGUCUCUUCCAAUUCGACGCCACGGAGCUCCGCUUCACGCCGCCCACGGCCAUUGCAGUGGUGCCCUCUGAGCUGCGCGUGGGGACAGAGGUUCUGGUGAUCGGCAACGACAAUGCCGAGAAGAUCCAGAUUCUUCCUGCGACCAUUGCGCGGACGGACAGAAACUGUCCGGAGUACCAUGACAACUAUGAGGAUGAGAACACCUUCUAUGCAGGUGCCGGAUCCAACACCUCUGGCGGAUCCAGCGGCUCGCCCGUCAUCGCGCGCUCAGGGAACUGCAUCGCGCUGAACGCGGGGGGCGCGCACGAAGCUGCCAGCGCUUUCUUCCUGCCCCUGGACCGGGCGGUCUACGUGUUGGAGUGGCUGAAGAGUCAUCCAAAUGAAAUUCCGUUGCCACCUCGAGGAAGUCUAUUGGCGAGGUGGCUCUUUCAACCCUUUGAUAUGCUACGAAGAUUAGGUUUCACUGCGGAACAAGAAGCCGAAGUCUUGGCUUUGAGCCCUGACGCUUCAGUGAAUGAUCGACAGAAAGGCCUUCUGGUUGUAGAAAACGUCAUCCGUGGAACAGAAGCUGAGCAGAAGCUGAAGCCUGGCGACGUACUGCUGGAAGUGGCGGGAAAACCGUGCUUGAACUUUGUGAUUUUGGAAGAGCAAUUGGACACAGCUGUGGAUCACGAAGUGAACAUCAAGCUCUCUCGCGCCGGAGAAGUCAUGAACAUCCACUUGCGAGUCGUGGACUUUCAUAAGUUGAUCUCUCACGACUUUGUGGAAUGUGGCGGCGGCGUCUUCCACGUCUUGUCAUACCAUACCUGCAAAACGUAUAACAUUCCGAUCCUGGACCGUGGCAUCUACGUGUCCCAGUCCGGCUUUAGUUUUGGUCUCCAGAUCCCCGUCUCUGCGGUUAUCACCUCGGUGGCGCAGAAGAAGGUCACGAGUCUGACGGACUUCGAACAAGCCCUGGCCGGCGUCCCCAACAAGGAGAUGUUUGAGGUCCGGUGGUUCAAUCCUUCUGCCAAUGAGCAUCGGCAGAAGUGCUCCAUGAUUCGGAUGGAACGGACCCUGUGGCCCGCGCGUGUCUGGGACUUUUGUCCCAAACGGCCCAACACCUGGAAGAGAAGGUCUUGGGUCGAUGAAGGGAUGAAGGAGAUGGCGAAGACAGCCAGUGCUCCUGAGCCCGUGGAAUGUAGUCCCGUCUCCGAUUCACGCAGUCGCGCCUCUGCAGAACAGGAUUCUGACACCGUGCCCGCAGCUUUGAGAGAAGAAGACUCUUUUGGUUAUCCUGAGAAUUCGGAUGCCGCCAUCUCGAUGGUCCAACCCAUGCUGUGCACCAUCGUGACGCAAGUCUCACAUGAAUAUGCCACCGAUUUCCUGCAAAGCAAGGAAGAAAAUAAGUCCACUGUGAUCAGACGCUUUGGUGUUGGUCUAGUGAUCGAUUCCGUGAGUGGCUUGGUGCUGACAGAUCGUUAUACCGUUCCACAACCUCUGGUUGAAGUGGAGCUGACCUUUGGUCAAACGGUCACGGUGAAUGCCACCUGCUUGUUCAUGCACCCACAUCACAACAUGGUCCUGUUGCAUUACGACCCGCUUGCAGUGAAAGACUUGCCGGUGAGAGCCAUCGAUUUGGGUGAUGUGAGUCCCAAGACUGAGGAGUUAUCGGCAGGCCAAGUGCUGUCCUUCGUGUCCAUUCACUCCGACCACCAACUCAGCGCCAAGCAGGUGACCGUGGGAAGUAUGUGCCUGAAAGUUUGGCCCUUUCCGCAGCCUCCUGCUUACCGUGGCCGGAACUUGGAAAUCUGCAACUUGAACGACACCUUGCAUGGUCUCGGUGGACUGUUGAUUGAGCCGGCGCCGUCUUACCGCAUUCGAGCGUGGUUUGCGCAGUUUCCAGCAGGCAGUCUUCGCUAUUUGGCUGGAGUGCCUGUGCAGGUCUUUGCCGCGGUCCUCUCCUCGCUGGGACUCGAAUCCAAGUGGGCCGAGCGAGUGGCGAGACCACUGGACCCAGCUCUGGCGGUGGCAGCUUUGGAGUGUGAAUUCGAGGAGGUGUCGUUGGCCAAAGCCCGACGCGAAGACGGCGUGCCGCUGGAGAAUGCCCGGGCCUUGGCUGCCUGCAGCUCUGGCGGACGGCGACAGAUUCUGAGGGUCGGACGGAUCAUGUCAGGUGGUGGAUGCGAUAGUAUCCUGUUGGAAGGUGAUCUAGUGUUGAGCAUCAAUGGAAAGCCAGUCACAAAGCCACACGAAAUCGAAAGAGAGAUGCGGAAAUGCCACACUUGUGAUGGGGAAGAGAGUGUCAGCAGCAUGCGGUGGCGCGUGCAAAGAUCCAGACAACCCAUGGAUCUGGACCUGACUCCCACUCUUCUUCAUUCAGAUGGCACGGAACACAUUGUAGUCUUCAACGGGGUGGUGCUGCGUCCCACCCCCCGAGCCGUGGCGGAGCGUGGGGGGCCCACCUUGCCCUUCACCCGACCUGGGCAGGGGCUGUACUUUUGGUACAUCUAUCCAGGUUCGCCGGCCGAUACCUUCAGCUUUGCCGACAGUCGCGCCAUGCGAAAUUUGGGUUGGCUUGUGCAGCUGAACAAUGAGCCGACACCCAGCAUCGACCGGCUUCUUGAGAUCAUUCACUCGGGAGCCUUGUCGGGCUGCGAGUGGCUGCGCUGCCACGUGAUGGAUGCUGAGGGGAGGUUAUCUGUGCGGGCCUUGAGGCCUGAUUUCGAGUUUUGGCCCACGGUGGAGAUCGUGCGCAGAAAGAGUCAGGGUCAGGAGACAUACCAAGCCCCAACGUGGGAACGAGUGGAACACAUGGCAUAG